AUGACUAUACGACAACCAGUCAGCCAACAACGGAAAAUGAAACAACAACAUCAGCUGACGUAACGUCAACAACCAGCGAUGCAACCACAGAUAACUUUACCUCAACCAGUCAGCCAACAACAGAAGAUGACACAACUACAUCGGCUGACAUAACGUCUACAAACGGCGCUGCAACCACAGAUGACUUUACGACUACCAGUCAGCCAACAACGGAAGAUGAUAGAACAACAUCGGCUGACAUAACGUCGACCACAGGCGCUGCAACCACAGAUGAUUUUACGACAACUAGUCAGCCAACCACGGAAGAUGACAGAACAACAUUGGCUGACAUAACGUCAACCACCGACGCUGCAACCACAGAUGACCUAACCACAACCAGUCAGCCGACAACGGAAGAUGACACAACAACAUCUGCUGACAUUACGUCGACCACCGGCGCUGCAACCACAGAUGACUAUACCACAACCAGUCAGCCAACAAUGGAAGAUGACACAACAACAUCUGCUGACAUAACGUCGACUACGGGCGCUGCAAUCACAGAUGACUAUACGACAACAAGUCAGCCAACAACGGAAGAUGACACAACAACAUCAGCUGACGUUACGUCAACAACCGGCGCUGCAACCACAGAUGACCUUAUCACAACUAGUCAGCCAACAACGGAAGAUGACAUAACAACAUCAGCUGACGUACCGUCAACAACUGGCGCUGCAACCACAGAUGACUAUACGACAAGAAGUCAGCCAACAACGGAAGAUGACAUAACAACAUCAGCUGACGUAACGUCAACAACCGGCGCUGCAACCACAGAUGACUUGACGACAACCAGUCAGCCUACAACGGAAGAUGACACAACAACAUCUGCUGACAUAACGUCGACCACUGGCGCUGCAACCACAGAUGACUAUACGACAACAAGUCAGCCAACAACGGGAGAUCACACAUCAACAUCUGAUGAUCUAACAUCCACCUCAACGUCGGAAGCGACUACAUCAAAUCCUAUAUUUGUUUGCCCACCUAACGCUGUUGGAAACUUUCCACACCCCAUUUACUGUGACAAGUAUUAUACUUGUAUUGGCGAUUUUGCCUUCUUAUUGAAUUGUUCUCAUGGAUUUGAAUAUGACACCGUACUAGGGCAUUGCGUCGUUAUAUCUGAUACUGGAUGUUUUGCUACAAGAUUUAACAGCACACUGCCGCCUCCAACUACACAAUCCGCGGAUAAUACAGACUCAACACCAGUUUCUACAAUAAUAACAUCUACUAUACCGGAAACUACAAGUGAGUUCACAACAUUAGAAACAGAAACAGAUUUAACAACUCAGUCAUGGGUGACAGAUACAGAGUCGACAACUCAAACUUGGGCUACAGAAACUGAUUCGACAACCCAAACUUGGGCUACUGAAACAGAUUCAACAACCGAAUCAUGGGCUACAGAAACAGAUUCUACAACUCAAACUUGGGCUACAGAAAUAGAUUCAACAACUCAUUCAUGGGAAACAGAUACAGAGUCAACAACUCAAACUUGGGCUACAGAAACAGGCCCAACAACCCAAACUUGGGCUACAGAAACUGAUUCGACAACCCAAACUUGGGCUACUGAAACAGAUUCGACAACCCAAUCAUGGGCUACAGAAACAGAUUCUACAACUCAAACUUGGACUACGGAACCAGAUUUUACUACUCAAACAUGGGCCACGGAAGCAGAUUCCACAACCCAAACUUUAGCUACGGAAACAGAUUCCACUACUCAAACUUGGGCUACGGAAACAGAUUUUACAACUGAAACUUGGGCUACGGAAAAUCAUUCUACAACUCAAACAUGGCCUACCGAAACAGAUUCAACGACUCAGUCAUGGGAGACAGACACAGAGUCGACAACUCAAACUUGGGCCACAGAAACAGGUCCAACAACCCAAACUUGGGCUACAGAAACUGAUUCGACAACCCAAACUUGGGCUACAGAAACAGAUUCAACAUCCCAAUCAUGGGCUACAGAAACAGAUGCGACAACCCAAACGUGGGCUACAGAAUUAGAUUCUACAACUCAAACUUGGGCUACGGGUCCAGAUUCUACUACACAAACAUGGGCCACGGAAGCAGAUUCUACAACUCAAACUUGGGCUACGGAAACAGAUUCUACAACUCAAACUUGGGCUACCGAAAAUGAUUCUACUACUCAAACAUGGGCUACAGAAAGAGAUUCUACAACUCAAACUUGGGCUACGGAAAUAGAUUCAACAACUCAGUCAUGGGAUACAGACACAGAGUCAACAACCCAAACUUUGGCUGCAGAAUCUGAUUCUACAACCCAAACUUGGGCUACAGAGUCAACUACCUAUACUUGGCCUACACAAAAUGAUUUCACAUCAACUACACCUGCUGCAACAGACACAGAUAUAACUACGACAUCAUCGCCCGAAAUUACAGUUAGUCAGGAACCAACAACCGAGGCACCUAUCUGUGGGUCUGGUGUUUUCGGCAAUAUACCACAUCCAAUUUACUGCAACAAGUACUAUACCUGCUUUGGAGGAACACACUUCCUCCAUUACUGUUCAGAUGGAUUUGAAUACGAUCAUACAGAACGCUAUUGCGUGCCCAUAUCUGAUACGGGAUGUUUCGCAACAAGAUUCAACAUAACUUCGACGAGUAAUGUAGUCGACGAUGUUGACUCGACGACUCUUAGAAAUGCUGAAGAUAUUUGCGCCCCGGAUAUGAGCGGCAGCGUUCCUCAUCCAUAUCUCUGCGACUCAUUCUAUAUCUGUAUCAAUGGUGAAGCAUUCCUCAUGAAUUGCUCAACUGGAUUUGAGUAUGACCCUGAUGUAGAGAACUGCGUUCCGAUAUCAGAAGAUGGCUGUUAUGCAAAUUUGAACAGAACAACUGCAAUUCCUGAACCUGACCUGAUAACCACCAUAGACCCUACCUCGUUUGAAACUACAGUGGAGCCGACGAGAACAUCGAGCACUGAACCCCCGACUUCCGCCUCGGAAGCUGACCAGUCGUUCACGUGUCCACCUAACACAGCUGGGAACUUUCCUCAUCCGGCAUACUGUGAUAAACAUUACUUUUGUAUCGGUGGAAUUGAGUUCCUCUUAAACUGCUCAAUAGGAUUCGAAUAUGACCAUGAAGCACAAACGUGUGUGCCAAUAUCUGACGGCGGCUGUUUCUCCCGCCAAGCAACGUCGACUCACGCAACAGACAAGGACAUUAUAUCAACAACCUACAAGAGUGAGCAGGACGUGACAUGUCCACCGGACACCUAUGUCAACAUUCCGAGCGCACGAUGCGAUGCUUACUACAUAUGCCUGAACGGCGAACCCAUACUCGUGAUAUGUUCUCUUGGCUACGAAUAUGAUCCACUAGUAAAGACCUGUGUCCCGAUAUCAGAGGAUGGGUGUUUUGCGAACCUGGUGAAUUCCACAACGUCACCCCAACCCAUUCCGAUAACAACUGCGGACCCAACAGUACCAGACACUACAGCAGUAUCUAGCUCCACCACAUCCGAAGCAUCACCGACGUUCACAUGUCCUGCUGGUGCGAUAGGGAACUUCCCCCAUCCAGUUUACUGCGACAAGUAUUACUCUUGUAUUGGCGGCAUUGCUUUCCUUCUGAAUUGCUCCAACGGAUUCGAAUAUGACCACAACGCUCAAAAUUGUGUAUUGAUUGCUGCCGGAGGAUGUUUUUCGACGAAAGAGACGACCUCUGUGAAGACUGGUGAAGAUGAAAUCUCCACGACACAGAACAAGUAUAAUACAACCGAUGAAGUAACAACCCAAGCUCCAGUGUGUCCCCCGGGUGUCUUCGGUAACAUACCUCACCCAGAGCACUGCGAUCAAUACUACAACUGCUUCGGAGGAACCUACUUUUUGCACAGAUGUGCGAACAACUUCGAGUAUGACCACACAGUCAGGGGCUGUGUCGCAAUAUCAGACAGCGGUUGUUUCGCUAGCAGAAACGUGAGCUCGACAACCCUAGUCAACCAACAGGCUGAGUCUACCACGAAUGACGUUUGCGAUGAAGUUGUCACCGGACAUGUGCCCCAUCCAGAACGCUGUGAUGCGUUCUAUCUGUGUAUGGCCGGCGAGGCUUUCUUGGUGACAUGUUCAAGUGGCUUUGAGUAUGAUCAUACUGAAAUGCGCUGCAUCGAGAUCUCGGAAAAUGGAUGUACAGCAUCGCUAGCUAAUGAAAAUUCGAGUACUAUCAGCACAGCCAAACCGACUGAAGGUACUACAAAGCCAGCACCCAUAUGCCCGGAGUUGGGCGGUGGAAACUUCCCUCAUCCAGACUACUGCGAUCGAUUCUACAACUGCAUAGCUGGGAUAGCAUUUGAGUUAUCCUGUCCGAAUGGCCACGAAUACGAUCCAGAAUUACAGUUUUGCGCGCCAAUAUCGGACUACGGCUGUUUCGCGAAACAAGAGCAGUCUGUAAACAAAACUGAUGGAGUUGAAUUGGAGGCAGCCAAACCUGAUGUCAAGCCUACAACUGAGAGGAAUGAAGAAGAACAAGUAACCUGUAGUGACAGUCAAAUUGGCAGCUACCCUCAUCCAACUAAAUGCGACGCGUUCUUCAUUUGCAUCGGUGGUACUGCUAAGGAAUUGAACUGCAGCUCUGGAUUUGAAUACGAUUCUGACGCUAGGCAAUGCGUCAUAAUUUCGGACAAAGGAUGCACAGCAACGAAAGGAUGAUAUGCCUCGUCGAUAGAUGAUCCACAAUAAUCAUAUGAACCGGCUCUCAACUAAUUGUUACGAGUAUAUGAAUUAUGAACGACAGACAGUACAUUCCAGUGGCCACAACCGAGCACAUAUAAAAGCGCAGAGUGCUUUCCUGUGCUGUGACCAGCUGUUUUAGUUAUGAACACAAAUGAAUAACGAUUGAAACGAAAUUAUUAUUUUAAUGUAUCGGCCUGUACUAUUGUUCAAACAUAUUUCUUUUAAGCCUAUGUAUUUAGGAUGAAUGGCGUUGCACCUUUGCCUUGAUAAAGAAAUAGCUCGACUAACCAAAGAGUAUUGUGACCUCAUUUUACUAUAGCUUUAUGACAGAGUACAAAAUAAUAGAGUAUUACACAGGCUGUGCAUUUAUUUUUUGUAAAAUAUUAUGUUUUAAAGAAUUAUUCUACUGUUGUUAUUUAUUAUCGAUAUAAAGAUAUUGCUUUUA